CCUCUGCACUGCUCAACCAACCCCAAGCAAACAAACAUGAACUCCAAGAUUGUAGUGUUCAUCUGCAUGUUCGGCGUGGCGUGCGCCAGUGUGUUUGCGCCGGCCCCAGUGGUGGCUCGCGUCGACCCUCUGCCUCAGUACUCGUACGGCUAUGACGUGCAGGAUGCGCUUACCGGCGACUACAAGGGCCACCAGGAGAACCGCAACGGCGACCUCGUCACCGGCUCCUACUCCGUUGUCGACCCAGACGGCACCAGAAGGAUAGUCGACUACUCCGCCGAUCCCCUCAACGGAUUCAACGCUGUCGUUCGUCGCGAACCUUUAGUAGUCCCAGCACCUGUAGUCGCCCGUGCUCCAAUAGUCGCCCCCGCCCCUGUAGUCGCGCCUGCCCCAGCCCCUGUCAUCGCCGCCAGACUACCGAGCCCCUACUACUUCUAGAUGAAUUAUUACAAUUUUGUUGUGUUACUGUUUGUAUAUACUAAGGCUUUUUAUAUCAAUGUUAUUUAUGUUAUAAAAUGAAUUGAAUUGA